AUGCCAGAGAGAACAACGCAAAUACUCAUCGCUGAGCAGGGCAGGGUCUGCCCUCUAUGUACCCUGAUGCUGCAAGAUGGAGACAAAGUGUGGGCCUGCACCGGGAACAACACCAGGUCCUGGGAGCGCGAGUUCGUCCUGAAGCUUGUCAAGGGCGACCCAAGAGAGGCCGUCAAAGAGAUUCCGUCUGACCAGAAAGCUGUCCCUUUGCCUAGCGCUGAUAUAGCAUACCAUCGCGCUUGUCAUCGUCUCAUUAGGGAAAAUAUGGGAACAGCGUGGUAUCUCGAGGCCAUCUUGAAGCAUGACUUUUGCAACGAUUGGGUUAUCUGGUACCAUACCAAACAAAGGCCUGCCAUCCUGAAAGCAGCCAUCGUUCCAGCACUCGAAGCCGAGUUUCGACCUGCCCAGGGAAAGCUCCCGUAUGAGAUAUGGUUCCGGAUUGCGGGGUACUUAAUGUCCGAGUUUAUCGUUGCGCAAGUGCUGAACGUGACCGACAGGACGAUCGGCACGACAGUGGAAUUCGAUGUGACGAGGGACGUAUACGCAACGUUUGUGAAGGUCCUGGGCAAUGUCUACAUCAAGCGGAUUCGGAACUUGAAAUCUAAUGAGAAGCCAGAGGCCAGGGAGUACCGUAUUUUGGCCGCGCAAUCCGCUCAUCCGGCACGGAUAAUGUACGUCGGGCGUGAUCAUUUAGGCAUUCGAAAGGUGCAGUUCGCUGUGCCUGGUCGUACCCUGCCUGGUCCGAAUUCCGUUCCUGGUGUCUGGUGGCAGCGCUGGAAUUUAUCCGGUAAACUCCGAAACAUGAUGAUCUGUCGUGCAUUUAACAAGAAGAUAGGGCCUCGUCCCAACGACAAGAUAGCUCGAAGCGAAAUGCUCUUCCCUGUCCGCGACACCCAGCCACUCACUUUCGUAUCCGAGAUGGACCUGGCAGCAAUACCAUUGCGGAUGCAGCGCCUGAGGCCAUUCAGCUUAGAAGAUUGGCGCCCGGAUAGCCUGAGGAACGUUAUUGCUGUGUGCGAUCCCGAAGUCAAGGGCCAUACUUUCAUGCACCGUGUAGGGCUCAACGAGCCUGGAACGAUUGGAUACUCAGUUGCGGUGACCAAGUAUGGGAUACAAAAGAUUUUGGUACACAGAGAGGAAUACACAUUUCCAGAAUACCGGUACUGGAUACGGGAUGAACCGGAGUGGUGCUGCUGGGUUUAUAUGCCGAUGAAUGUGGGGGAGCAUAUCACCCAGAUCUGUGCCUCACCCAGCCAUAUGUUGAAUAAAGACAAGAGUACUGGACUGACGUUUAUUACCAACCGCAACCGAGCUAGAUAUUUCAGCCGAUGGGCCACGCCCGAUCCCACUUGGGCUGAUGCGGGGAUCCUGAGAGACAACAACAAUGAGACCUACCUCUACGACUGCCUUUACAAGCCCAAUGCCACAGGGGAUUCCAUGUACUACGGCGUUGGCCGCCAACCCAAGGACCGUAGUAUAGUAGUGCAUCUUGCUUUCAAGGGUUCCGAUCUCAGACUAGAAAAAUGCAACUACCGCUAUCCACUCACCCCAACGACCAUUCCACUGGAUGAUCAAAACGCUUGGUUUUUUUCGUGCUGUUCGCUGAAGGAUGUUGUGAAGAUUACGCUGUGCGUGAGCCGUGAGAGCGCCGACGAGGAGCAGCGGUUGAGACGGGAAAAGGGGUUCUGGCUACUCCCCCCGUCUUCUAAUGAUCGCUCCUCGCCCCAAGCAGCCGCUGCCCCUCCUCCGGGCGCUGUUCUCGGCAUGCUCCUCGAGUAUGCCAACGGCGACAAGGAAUCUGUCGGCUCGUUCCGCUUCGACUGGGCUACGAGCGUGCCCCCAAUGGAGGUGGUGGACGCGCCCGGCCAGGCGCUAUACAUAGGGUACACGCGCGAUCAGGCCGCGUGGGUCCGGCAGGUCCGCCUCGGGCCGCCUUCGGAGGAUGAGCGGUUCUUGUUACGUUGGAAGAAAGUUCCAUGGGAUGGGAUGCUCGAAUGGUGGGUUUCGGGUGUUGGGAUGGAGUUAAAACUUCUGGGAUUCUCCGACAACGGCGUCCCCACCAACGGCGGACGGCGCACAGCGGAAGCGGCCGACGACGGCAGCGAGUUGGCGGUGGCCGAAAGCGCUGUCACGGAAGCAGGCGGGCAGCUAGCGGUACCUGGCGGGCGGCGGGUGGGGCAUUCGCAAUCAAGUGGGGCUGAUAAGGGACAGCAGAGCGGGGUGGCGGGCCAUCCAGCCAGCUGGGAUACCCCACUCUAG